AAAAAAGAGCCAUCAAGUUUGGAGUUUACAGCUUAGUUACCAAAGACAACGAUGGCCGGUUCACAGUUAAAGCAGUUGAAAGAGGCUCUUAAGAACAACGGGUUGGUUGGGCAAACCAACGUGAAGAGAAAGAAUAAAAAAUCCAAAACUCCUCAUGAAACAAGAAGAGCGAACGAUGAUUCUAAAAAAAUUUUGAAUGGUAUAAGGAGCCAAUUUAACCAAUUUGAUAGUAGGAUUAACAGAAACAAGCAUGAUUUCUCUAUUAUUCAAGGAGGUAAGUUUGUUAAAGCUGGUUCAAUUCAGCACAAUCAAGCUUCUAAGAGCAAAUCAAACGUUGAAAAGAAUUUGAAGUUAGAGUAUGAAGCAUCCAAAAAGCAAAAGGGAAGAACCGGUGGAAUGAGAGAUAGAAGAUUUGGUGAAAAUGAUAAGAAUAUGAGUGCUGAAGAAAAAAUGUUGGCAAGAUUCACCAAGGAAAGACAAUCCGGUUCUAAGAAAAAUGUAUUCUCUUUGGGAAGUGAUGAUGAUUAUAGUGAUGAUGACGAUGAUGCUGGAUUUACUCUUACUCAUUCUGGGAAAACGUUAAAUUUCGAUGAUGAAGAAGGAUUGGGGGAUACAUCUAAGAAAUAUGUUGAUGAAGAUCAGUUAAUGCCAAAUGAAGAAGAACCAAAUAGAAAGAAAAGUAAGAAUGAAGUAAUGAAAGAGAUCAUUGCUAAAUCCAAAUUUCAUAAACAUCAAAGACAAAUGGAAUUUGAACAAGCACAAGAGAAUAUUAUGGAAUUAGAUGAUGAAUUUGGGGAUGUCAUGAGUGAAUUGAAUCAAACUGUUAGUAAAACCACCAGCAAACCUCAAUUUCUGACUAAAACACCAGAAGAAAUUGAAUAUGAUCGUAAAAUGAGAGAAUUAGUUUAUGAUAGAAGAUCCGUUCCGGCAGACAGAACCAAGACCGAAGAAGAAAUCAAAAAAGAAUAUGAAGACAAGAGGAAGAAGUUGGAAGAAGAUAGAUUACGUAGAAUGAAUGGUCUUGAUGAAGAAAGAGACGUUGCCGGUGAUGACUUAGAUGAUGACUUUUGGGCUGGUGAUGACGACGAAGGAGAGGGAGUUGCUAUUGAAAAUUCAGAGGACGAAGAAGUAGAAGAUGAAGGAUCGGAAGAAUCAGAAGAGGAAGAAGAAGGCAAAAGAUUUGGUCGUACAUUACCUAGAACACCAACUGUAUCCAUGCCAGCUAAUGAAGAAGAAUUGGGUGAAAUUUUGAAUAAGUUAGAAGAAUCUAAGCAAGUGAAUCAUAUUAAAAAGAUUGUUGAAACUUAUAAACCUAAUUUAGCCGAAGGAAAUAAAGACAAAAUGAAUCAAUUUGUUGGGAUAUUAUUCAAAUAUAUCUUAGACAAAAGUGAAAAAUCUACAGGAAAAGACCAAUCUUUGAUUGAACAAUUCAUUAAAUUAUUAAAGAAAUUAGCAGAAACAUUCAAUGAAUCUUUGGUUGAAGUAGUCAGACAAGAGAUCAAUUUAAUUCAAGAAAGAGUCUUGAGUAGUUCACUUUUGAAAAAAGAUCUAAUUAGUUUUAUUAUAAUGGGAUACUUAUUUUCAACAUCUGAUCACUAUCAUUUAAUUAUCACUCCAGCAUUAAUAGUUAUGAACGAAUAUUUGACUCAACACGUACUUUAUAAUAAGUCAAAUCCAAGCAUUUCAGAAAUUGGACAAGGUCUAUUUAUUAUCGAUGUAUUAUUAAAUUAUGAAUCAUUUUCCAAGAGAUACAUACCCGAAAUCAGCAAUUUCUUAGAGAGAGUAUUAUUGGUGUUAGUUCCCGAGCCACAUAAGAUUUCAAAUGGGAAUGGUUUAAUAAGUACUAAUAAGCUUUAUAAUAAGGGUAGUAAUUUAAAGGCCACCGAAAAGUUUGCAGCAUUCAAAGAAACCAACAUAACAUUAUCAGUGAGUGAAAUAUUUAGUAUAGACACAGAAGAGCAUAAGUUUAAUUUAGUAAUCAAAACCAUUUACUUAAUUGAUAGACUAGUUAAUUUAUGGAGAGAAAAAAGUGGAUUGAUUGAAAUUUUACAACCAUUGAGUAUAGUGUUGAAGCAUAUGCUCAAGUAUUAUGCCAAUGUAUUACCUAAUUUAAUUACAUUAUCCAAUAAGAUUAAUAAGAUUCUUGUUAAUAUAAUUAGUGAAAGAAGACCAUUAACUUUACAAUAUCAUAAAGCUUUAGCCAUUCCAACAUAUGCACCUAAAUUCGAAGAGAAUUUCAAUCCCGAUAAGAAAUCUUAUGAUAAUAAUGUUGAAAGACAAGAAGUUAAUAAGAUGAAGAGUCAAUUGAAGAAAGAAAAGAAAUCAUUGAUUAAAGAUUUCAGAAAACAAACCAAAUUCAAUGCCAGAGAACAAAUUAAGGAAAAGAAACAAAUGUAUCAAGAAUAUCAUAAGAAGAUGUCUGAUAUUGUUAAUACUAUUCAAUCACUGGAAGGUGCAGAACGGAAUAAAUACGAACGAGAAAGAAAAAGAAGAUAA